GAAAGGGAGCAAAAAGCUGAUGAUGAGCAGUCAGUUAUGUCGGUUGAACAUGGCUCCAGAAAACAAUGGCAGAAGGCAGCCAAGAGCGUAACGGCUCAAAAACAGGUUAGUCAGUCCCAGCCAGAAAGGUACUCUCAAAGGUAUAGUUUGGAAUCACAGCGCAAUUUUUCAAGAAUUCAGGUUCAGGUAGGAAGAUAUCACAUGUUUAAGCCAUGCUGUCUUUUAAGACUUUAUUAAAGAUUGUGCGGCACGCGCGCUAAGCGCACGCGCCACUUCAUUCGCACUCGCAGCACGCUCGCUAAAUAUAAAGCUUAGGGACGGACCAUUAGAAAAGUUAUGGGCGGGAGGGGAAUUUUCGAGCCGCAAGAAUUUUUUUUCGUUAUCAAAUUCAUAGUAUGAUUUUUUGUAGGCCAAAGCAUGACUGUUUUUUAGGAUUAAUUGGCGUGCAUGAAUUUAUUUUUCAUUUAAUUUUCACGGGAUCACGUUACUUAGCGUAAAGAAACCUUUCUCCAUUUUUUUUAUGUCACUUCCAAACUUGCAGGCUACCACUUUAUUUGCUAACACAUAGCUAAUGAAAAAUCUGUCUUAUUCUUGCGUUUUUUUUUAUUCCUGGUUAUCUACUAUUGACUCGAAGGAUUGUUUUUUUUUUCUGCUUACUGGCAUUUAACUUUAUUUUAAGGUUAUUGAGCAUAUGUCACGUGACAACGCAGCCCCCAUCAACAGAUUCAAAAUGGCGGCACAUCGGGUUCAAGACGAGGAGAGACUGUACGCCAAUCAGGCCGGACCCAGUCUCCACGAUGUUGUGCAAAUGGCGCGCGAUGCUAAUGGAAAUGUAGUAUAUGACCAAUACAGGGACUUGGAAGAAUUGCAUCUCCCAGUUCUACAAAUAGGUUCUCCUUCAAAUCGAUUGAAUUGGGGUGCCUCAGAUUUACAAGAUACACUUCAAAGCAGAAUGCGUGAGAGUACUGAUAUUUUAAUUCGCAAAAUAGCGGAGAUUCAAUAUGAAGAGAAUCUAAGGCAAUCUCAGGAGACAAUCCGCGAGGCACUGUAGCGAGUUAAGAAGGCUCAAGACCGAGCGCAGUAUAUGAAGAGUCUGCGGCGAGAUCUUAAAGAACGCCUUCAUGGAGAGCUUGAGUUUAGGAAAGCCAACGGGAGCUUGAAAGCCGACGAGGGUAGCAAAGAGAAGGAAAAGAGUGAUCAAAAACACAAGCAGAUUUUACAAGAACUCAAAAAGGAAAAAGAAUGGCAGCGAAGAACUGAGGUGAUGAUUUCAAAGCAAGAAGAGAAAAUUGAAGAACUCAGAAAAGAAGUAAAAAAGGAGAUCCGCGGGAUCAUGGAGGAACAGAAUAAACACUACGAGGAAAUGAAACAAAUGUUACAGGAUUCCAAGGCGCUGGUUCCGUUUCAGGGAAGUGAUCAGGCGUAUGGUAGUCUAGAUGGAUCAACACGAUCAAGAUCAAAUCCAGAUGAACAGAUGACACCAAGAAAACGAAGGCCACGCAGAAAUAUAAAAACUCCAGUCGAGGAACGCUCUCGGUCAAGCACGCCAGAAUUUUACAUCCAAUAA